AAACAACCCAACAAGCCAUUCCCUCUUUCUCCACCUUACACUAUAUAUAGCCUUUCUGCAAUUGUAUUGAAUGUACUUGAUUUCAAGUUAAUUUUAAAGAAAUGGGGAUGUCCAUGAGUUUUAUGGGAAAAGGGUUGCCUUCAACCCAGAUGGUAAGUUUUGUAAUGGGAACACUCUACAAGCAAUUUGUGGAGAAAGAUAUUAAGAGCUUUGAGGAAUUCCACAUGGCUAUUCUUGACAUUUUCAACACAUUCAACUCAGCAUUGCCUGGUAGACAUUAUGAUGCACCCUCAAGAAAGGACAUAGAGGAUUGUUUUGCCCGCUGGAAAAAAGCUCCAGAGGCGAAAAGAAAAGAGCUCUUUGUCGACUUCAUGAAGACGAGCGUAAAUCUUAGCAGGUUAGAUGAUUCCGCCAUGGUCACGGGGGUGGUAACACCACCAGCAGCCAUGGCUGCCAAAAGAGCGGCAGAGAAUCUGCCCCAGUUAAAGAUAAUCAAGAUGGUGCCAGAUGUAGUCUUUGUGCCUACUGCAACAGUAUUGGCACUGGCCUCCGUCAAGCUCACAAGAAGAAUGUUUCUUGGAAGUAUAGCAUCUCCAUCAACGUAAACCAAUUGUACAAUCUGAAUGAUUAUUGAUGUAUAAUUAUAUCUCUGCAUUAUUAUUUUUAAUUUCUCUUUUAUAA